UAGACUUAAAAUGGAAGAUACCAAAAACAUUAAGCACAAGAGGAAGCUUCCUAAGACAAAUAAGGAGAGAUCAAAACAGCACAGGAUCAGGAAGAAGAAGUUUAUCGAAGAAAUGGAGCAAGAAUGUAAACUUCUCAGAGAAAGAGUCAGGAGUUUAGAUAAGGAGAACCAUCAACUUAAAGAGCAACUUGCAAAUCUUUCCUCGACUGGAGGUUUAUCUUCAACAAAAAAGUUUGAGCAUUCUUUGCAUCAGUAUGAAGACUAUGUGUACAAUAACUUAGGAAAGAAGAUUCUUGAUGAUCCAGCUCAGGUUAGAUACAGCACUCUCGAACAUGCAGUUGAACAUAUCUAGGAGUUGAUGAUAGAAUCGACUAUAUCAAGACUUUAUUCAACAAAAUCUUAGACAACAUGGUCUCACAUGGCGCAAAGUGAUUCUUCCUGUGAAAUCGCAUGUUUUCUAUCAAAUAAAUGGAAUGGAGCUAAUGGGUCAAAGAAGAGAGGGAAGAAAUAUUUUGCAAAAACUUCAGAUGCUGCCAUCACCAAAGAACAUCUUCACAGACUUCUCCUUAACCCCACAAGCUACACAAAUAUUCACCCCUUCAGUAAGCCCAUAACUAAUACCACAAACACCUCACAAAGAUACAAGAAGUCUGUCUCCCUCAUCCACUAUGAGCUGGUACAAAUAUUUUAAACACUGGGAUUUUAUAGUGGGAAGAGUAGUUGUGACUAGGAUUUUAGAAUAACAAAUCAUAAGCUUUAUGGUGUCCCGCAGAAGAAUUACUAGGAAGAAAAGUAUAGAGAUGGAGAGCUCUCAGGAUAGAUUUUGUUAUUAUUUC